AUGGCUCUAGCUGGUACCAGCUCCUCCGUCCUACAACUCUACUACCCCCAUGUCAGCAACCUUUCGGACUUCAUCCUUCUCACCCUCCGCGACGAGGACAAGGAGGGACUUGCGAACAAUCUAGUCCUAGACUCCGACUCGGAGAAUUACCAAAAACUUGUGAACGGCACGCUUAUCGGAUGUUCGCUCAAUGCGGCCGCGCCCAAUCGCGUCUCGUUGGACUUGCUGGGCAACGACAUGGGAAGCAUCAUUAGCACUGUGCAGAAGCAGGCUCUCAAGCGUACGUGGAGCUGGGGCAAUAAUAACGGGAAGACGAAGCCGAAAUCCUCGAACAUGUUGACCUAUGGGUACACCUAUCGGGGCAACGAACUUAAGAAUGACACCUUCAACACGAACGUAACUGCUUUACACAACACUCACUGGGAGGAACUGUUGAAACGGGUCGGCACGGACAUGAUGACUCAUCUUCUCACAAACACGUCCAUCUUUGUUCCGCUUGGGAACGACUGUUUCUGCCAGUUGAGCGGUCAGCCAAUAGUGCACACAAGACCACCAGUGGUACCAAUCGCCCCUACACCAAGAGCUCCAUCGACCACGCCUCCCGUAAUAAGAAAGCGCACAAAUGAGACUAUUGUGGAUCCAGGUCGGUCGGCAAAACGUCUCAAGCUCUCCAAUGGCUUGCCCACUAGGCCAAACUCCUUCGAACGUUCCUCGCCUCAUGCGGGAGAGAAACGAACCCCUGUCGAAAUCAACUUCGAGCGAGUUAGGCUGUUCUAUGCUCGUCCAAGCUUCUUGCCGCAUACUAGAACCAUCGCGGUGGGGUUACCUCCCAAGCAUGUCUUCAACAUCUUUCGGCCUCCAGUCAAGCACUCGAGAGCGAAUGAUCAAUCAGCUCAGAUGGAAGAUGCCAGGCAUCUGGCGAAGUAUGUUUUCCCACGGCAGUAUGGCCUCCCCAGCGUUUUCGACGCGCGUGGUUCGUCUAGUAGCGGUUAUAUGGACCGCGAGGACGACAUCAAGAAGCUCGGUCCCCACAAGACUCCCAAGAGACUGAAGCAGGCGGUUGAUCUACUGGAGAAGAGCUUAUGGCACCACGGCAAAUGCAGGUAUAAGCUACUUCGCAACCUCGCAUGCCCGUCAAAGCUACCUCGACAACAAGAUCGCCGUCCCGUGGAUAGUUCGAUUCUCCUGGAGUUGAUAUCGGAAGACUCGAUCCAUCUUAGUCAGCUACCGCCCACUGCCACAUCGUUCAGCUCAGCAGACAGGACGACCUCCUCCUCACAUCUCAAUCCCACUCAGACGUCCACGAUGGCGCGCAAGGCGAAGCCAAGAUUCGCUGAGUUUGUCUGCACGCAUGUGGAAGUCUUUCGCUAUGUGGUGCUGGUCACUAAGGCCGUCGUACCUCAACGUAUGUGGGGGUCGGCCCAUAACUUCUCUAUCGCUAUGAAAGCUGUCAAGGAUAUCAUCUCUACUCGCCGUUACGAGACCAUCACGUUGCAUAAUGCUCUUCAAGGAUUUUGUUCCAUGGAGUGCAAGUGGCUAGACGUGGGUGACACCAAACAUGCACCACCUUCCGAACAUGCCAAGCGACGCGAGAUCAUCGAGGAGUUCAUGUACUGGUAUAUCAGCUGCUUCGUGAUUCCGCUUCUACGCACAACGUUCUACAUCACAGAGUCUUCGGCCUUCCGCAACCGUAUCUUAUAUUUCCGGCAGGACGAUUGGGAUACACUAUGCGCACCACUUAUCGAACGCUUGACGUCGGUCACAUUUACGCAGGUCGAUGGUCGCAAGGUCGAGGAGGUACCUGCAGCUGGUGGAUACCAGCAGUCUAUCAAUGACAUAUUGCAGGCCGCUUUUCAGAUCCUAACAUAUGAGAAGGACAUGCGCCCUGAACUACUGGGAUCUUCGGUCUUGGGACAGAAUGGGAUAUAUGGCUUGCUCAAAGACUACAAGCUACGUUUGCAGGCUCGCUACGGCGUACAUGAAGCUACCUGGCCGAAGCUCUACUUCGUCAAGGUAGACGUGCAGGCGUGCUUCGACACCAUUGAGCAGACGAAGCUGCUCCGGUUGUUGAGGGAUAUCAUCUCCGAGGACGAAUAUAGCAUCAUCAGGUACGGCGAAGUCACACAGACGACCGACAAAAUCAAGCGCACGUUCCACAAGAAAGCGUGCCCCGCAGACGAUCCACCUCACUUCCUGAAACUGGCCAAGGACCUCGCUCACACAUUGAGAUCGUCUAUCUUCGUUGACCAGGUCAACUAUCCGACGGAGAAGAGGCACUCUGUUCUUGAACUGCUGGAGGAGCAUAUCACCGAGAACUACGUCAAGAUCGGGGGCGUCUACUACCAACAAAUCGUCGGCAUCCCACAGGGGUCCGUGUGCUCGUCCUUGUUGUGUUCCUACUUCUACGCCGAUCUCGAGAGAAAGCGCCUACAUGUUACCAAGGACCCAGAAAGCGCUCUGCUUCGUCUCAUUGACGACUAUCUGUUCAUCACGACGGACCUGGAAAAAGCGCGCACGUUCUUGAAGAUCAUGCAAGAUGGCCAUCCCGACUACGGCUGCUUCAUCUCCCAAGAGAAGACCCUGACUAACUUCGAAGGUGGCGCACUCGUGCUUGAUUCAUAUCUCGACAAGUUUCCGUGGUGUGGUCUCUUCAUCAACACGAAGGACUUGUCGGUGUCCACGGAUUACACCCGCUUCCAUGAGAGCUACCUGUCUGACUCGCUCACCGUUCAUCGUGGCAAAAACGCCGGCAAGGCUUUCGUCCAUAAGAUACUUCAGCUGAGCAAGGCAAAGAGUCACAUCAUCUAUUGCGACACGUCGCUCAGUUCACAGCGAACUGUCUACCUUAAUAUUUACCAGAACUUCCUUCUGGUUGCAAUGAAGACCCAACGCUAUCUACGUUCAUGGGGCAGAGGGCGUGUCCAACGCAACACGACAUUCAUCCAUCGCACCAUACAGCACGCUAUCCGCUAUACCUACGCCGCCAUACGUUCGAAAGAGAAGGGCCAGACCGCGAGCAAACGCGGAGGGAAGGUUAACAUCAAGAAAGCAAUCGUGCUGUGGCUCGGCAUGUCGGCAUUUCACCAAGUGUUGAGUGUGAAACCGAGCGCAUAUAGCGAGGUCCUUCAAAUGAUCGCGCGAGAACCUGCGAUGUCUUCGGGGAAGAGUCGCGGCUACAAGAGCCAAUUCCGGGACAUCUUACAAGAGGGUUCACAGCUGAUGGAGAUACUUUCGUACAGUCAUCCUUGA